AUGGCACAGUUUGUUCCUUUGAAGAACAUUUUCACAUUCUCAUUAAUUCUCACUAGAAUCCUCUGAGGUACACAAACUCAUGGAGCUCCAGGAAGAAUGAAAAGAAGAUUCAACUGGCUGGGAGGUUUCUUUGCAUAUGUGUUUCCAGAACUGAGACACUCUGCCUCAAUUAGUGGUGCCCUGUGCAUCCUCAAGGGGUCAAGCGCUGGAGUGGACCACUGCGUUGUGAUGCGGAUGCUGUUGGAAUGCAGUCUCAGUGACAAGUUGUGUAUUAUCCGGGAGCAGCAGUAUGAAAUCAUCAUCAUCCCAACCCUGCUAGUUGGUAUCUUCUUCAUCCUCCUUGGUGUCAUCCUGUGGCUUUUUAUCAGAGGACAGAGAGCCCAACAGUCUCCAGGACCUCGAGGUGUUGCCCACGUGCCUCCAUCUGGGAACCUGAGCCAGGAAGCAGCAGGACCUGGGGGAACUGUGUUUGUACCGCUUGAGGAGACCUCGGUGGAAAGCCUUCUGCGAACCUCUGCAAAAGUCCUGGCUAAGCUGCAGGUGCCCCGGGAGCAACUCUCUGAAGUUCUGGAGCAAAUCCACAGUGGUAGCUAUGGGGCCAUCUAUCGCACCACAAUACACACUGGGAGCCCUGCGAAGCCCAAGAGUGUGGUCCUCAAGACUUUAAAAGAACCAACGGGGCUUCAAGAGGUGCAGGAUUUCUUAGGACGAAUCCAAUUCUAUCAGUACUUGGGGAAGCACAAAAACCUGGUACAUCUGGAAGGCUGUUGCACAGACAGGCUGCCGCUCUACAUGGUACUGGAGGAUGUGGCCCAGGGAGACCUGCUCAGCUUUCUCUGGACCUGUCGCCGGGAUGUGAUGACCAUGGAUGGUCUUCCCUAUGACCUCACAGAGAAACAAAUAUAUCACAUUGGGAAGCAGGUCCUUUUGGCUUUGGAAUUUCUCCAGGAGAAGCAUCUGUUCCAUGGCGACGUGGCAGCCAGGAAUAUUCUGAUCCAGUGUGACCUCACUGCUAAGCUCUGUGGGCUGGGCCUGGCUUACGAAGUUCACUCCCGAGGGGCCAUCUCCUCCAGUCACGUCGUACCUCUCAAGUGGCUUGCCCCAGAACGGCUUCUGCUGAAACCAGCUGGCAUCAAAGGAGACAUCUGGUCUUUUGGGAUCCUGCUGUACGAGAUGGUGACUCUAGGGGCACCUCCAUAUCCUGAAGUCCCUCCUACCAAUAUCCUACAGCAUCUCCAAAGAGGGCAAAUCAUGGAGAGACCCAGUAGCUGCACACACACCAUGUACGGUCUCAUGAAGUCCUGCUGGCGCUGGAGUGAGGACAGCCGCCCCUCACUUAGAAAGCUACACUCGUGUCUUGAAACUGCUGCUCAAAGUGCAAAUGACAAGGCUGUGUUGCAAGUACCAGAGCUGGUGGUACCUGAAUUGUACGCAGCUGUGGCAGGUAUCAGCGUGGAGAGUAUCUCCUACUGCUACAGCAUCUUAUGA